AUGGUCUCCCAUUUACAAAAAGAUUUAGCCACUGAAAAGCAAGAUAAAGUCCAUAUUCAAAAAGAAUUAGAUGAUACUUUGACUAUUCUGAAUAAACCUACUACUGAAAUGGGAACUCAAACUGAUUUAACGGCUGAACAAAUAUCCCGAAUGGAAGAGAAAAUUACUAACUAUCAGAAAGAUAUUACCCAAUCCCAAAAUCAAGUAAAUUUUCUCACUAACCAAAUAAGCACUCUCCAAACCGAAAUCAGAGGUUUACAAAAACAAGUAAAAGAUAAAGAACUAAAUGAGGCAGAGAAAGAUUUAUUGGAUUAUGAAUUAGAAAGAAGAGACUUACAAACUAAAAUCACUAAACUAGAAACAGAUAAAAGAGACUUACAAACUAAAUAUGAUAUGGAAGUGAGAACUAAGGAGGAGUUAAUAGGCUUUUUAAGUGUUUAUCGUCAACAAUCUUUUUUAGAAUACAGAGAUUUUGUUCUUGAUAGAAAUAAAACUGAAAUCGAGGAAUUUCUAAAACAACAUACUCCUUACCUUAAUAGAAUUAAUUUAAUUGUUUUUAAACUAACUAGUGAUAGAGUAAUUGAUUUUAAUUGA